AUGGAGCCGUACUCUUUGAUCACAGGUCAUCUACUGCUCAUGAAUAAGAUCAGAAAGCAGUUCCCAUCAGACUCGCACCAGACGAUAAUCAACAAGAAAAUCAUGGAAAAUUGGAACGAAUACUUUCCUGGAGCAACGGAAUGCCCUCCUGUUAUAUAUCUUGACCUAUGGCCUUUUGUGCCCUUUACCUUUGCCAUGGUGGUAUCGCCCGAGCUGUGUGCGCAGUUGACACAGGUGACACCGCAGCCGAGACAACCCAUGUUCAAGUGGGCACAAAAGCCUCUGACGGACGGUCUUGACAUGCUGUCACUGGACUGGACAGGCCACAAGCUAUGGAGAUCGAGAUUGAACCCAGGGUUCUCUUCCCAAAGCUUGAACAGCCACUUCCCAGCCUUAAUCGAAGAAGUAGACAUUUUCUCUCAGAUCAUGACAAGCCAGGCUGGUCCAGCCGGCGAGUGGGGGCAGAUGUUUACCAUGUACGACAAGGUGAUUGCUCUGACUUUUGACAUUAUCGCGAGGAUCACUACGGGGUUACGCCUUUACGAACAGAGCAGCGGGCCCAGUCCUCUGCUCGUGUCUCUGAGGAACUUGAUUGCGUGCUUGAAACUUGACAGCCUAAAGAACAGAAUUGAGCGACAUACUCCAUCCUUUAAACGAAAAGUAUAUCAAAAUGCAGAAGUCAUACGGAAGCUUCUCCAACCUGAAGUGGAAGCACGAAUUCUGGAGUCAAGCAAGCUUGCCGAUCGCAAAACCGUAGUAGAUCUCGCGGUAAAGGAAAUGGGCAAUGAACAGUCAACCAGGAGCGAAGUUUUUGUCGAAGAAGUGAUUGCCAAUCUCAAAAUCUUUCUAUUUGCCGGCCAUGAGACAACUGCGCAAACUCUUUGCUGGGUCUACUGGGAGAUCAACAAGUAUCCCGGGGUUGUGGAAAAGCUUCGCAAGGAGCAUGACCAAGUCCUUGGCAAAGACCCCACAGCGGCAAAGAAGACUCUUCUGUCCUCUCACCACAAACUCAGCGAGCUUAGCUAUACUACAGCCGUAAUCAAGGAGACAUUACGACUACGACCACCAGCCGGAACGCUGCGCAAAUGUGCACCGGACUUUGCCUUUGUUGAGGAUGGCGUGCAGUAUCCGACCUACGACUGCGUCGUGCAGACCACUCCGGUCGCGCUACAUCGCCACCCGGACCUCUGGCCGACAUCGAAUGAGUUCAUUCCAGAGAGAUUUCUGGGGCCCGAAAACGACCCGCUACGCCCGGUCAAGAAUGCCUUUCGGCCUUUUGAGCUGGGCACUAUGCGCUGCAUUGGCGAAGAGCUUGCCAUGAUGGAGAUGAAGCUGGCGCUGGUGUUCACAUUGAGGGAGCUUGACAUGGAAUUCAACUACGAUCUCUGGGACAAAGUACAAGGCCGGGCGGGCCCGGUGCAGAUGCAGGACGGCGAACGUGCCUACCGUGCCGGAAAAGGCAUGGGCACGAUCAAGGACGAACUUCCUACCCGAGUGCGAUUAAGAACUAUUUAG